AUGAUUGACGCCUUUGUCCCAUGUGUGAGGAUAGUUGAUGCGUUGGUGGUAUUGACGAAGGGAAGGUGUUGCAGAAGGCCAAGGGAAACUCCAAAACCUUUCUUUCCUCCGUCAAUCUCUUUCACAAAUUGCAAAAAACCUUAGUGGGAGGAAGAGAUGGUUCUUUCUCAGAAGCUUCACGAAGCGUUUAAAGGCACCGUAGAGAGGAUCACUGGUCCCCGAACCGUUUCCGCCUUCAAAGAAAAAGGAGUUCUCAGUAUCUCCGAGUUUGUCACCGCCGGCGAUAAUCUCGUCGCCAAAUGCCCCACCUGGUCCUGGGAAUCCGGCGAGCCAAGCAAGAGGAAGCCAUAUUUGCCACCUGAGAAGCAAUUCUUAAUUACUAGAAAUGUCCCUUGUCUACGGAGAGCUGCAUCUGUUGAAGAAGAAUAUGAAGCUGCUGGUGGGGAAGUUCUACUUGAUGACGAGGAUAAUGAUGGGUGGCUAGCAACUCAUGGGAAACCUAAAGAAACCAAAUCUGAUGAGGAUGAGAAUUUACCUUCCAUGGAAAGCCUAGAAAUCAGCAAAAAGAGUUCUAUUAAGCAAAUUUCUUCUUACAUGGGAUCUGAGGAGGAGGAAGAUAUUCCAGAUAUGGCAGAAUUUGAAGAAACUGACAAUGUUAUUGAAACAGAUCCUUCCACAUAUCUAGUAGCUCAUGAACCUGAUGAUGAUAAUAUUCUACGAACUCGGACUUAUGACGUCAGCAUCACGUAUGAUAAAUAUUAUCAAACACCUCGAGUAUGGCUUACUGGAUAUGAUGAGUCAAGAAUGCUUUUGCAACCAGAACUUGUCCUUGAAGAUGUUAGUCAAGACCAUGCGCGCAAAACGGUAACAAUUGAGGACCAUCCUCACUUACCUGGGAAGCAUGCAUCUAUUCAUCCAUGUAGACAUGGAGCAGUGAUGAAGAAAAUCAUUGAUGUUUUGAUGUCGCGUGGAGUUGAGCCUGAAGUUGACAAGUACCUAUUCUUAUUCCUAAAAUUUAUGGCUUCUGUAAUUCCAACAAUUGAGUAUGAUUACACUAUGGACUUCGAUCUUGGUAGCUCCAGCAACUGACUAAGUUUUUCGCUGAAUCGGGGGUGGUGGAAUAUUUUGCCGCUAUCAGGACUUGAACCUUUGAAGUGGAUACUCUCUUCCCGUUAAGGCUUAGUACAUGACCGUCUGAUCAUAAUUACACUUUCUUUCUCUGUUUUUUGCGUAUAUGUUGGAUGUAAUUGUGGCCAUGUUAGGACACUGCUAGUUAUACAUGUUAUGCUCUUUUCAUGACAGAUAAUAGUCGUUGUGAAUUGUUAUAACUUGGUAUUUUUUUGGGUAUUUCAGAUGGUAGCUGCAUGUUCAAGUAUAGCUCGGGCAUAUAACAUUGUUCUCCAUUGUGGUUUUCAUGGAUCCAAUGCACCAACUUUGUGUGUGUUUUUUUUCUGCGUAUAAUCCUUUGAUUGUUACACAGUAAGUGUACAUCUCAUGUAAAUUAUGGUCAUGUGAGUCAGGAUAUGGAACAGAAUUCCCUUGAUCUGUGUACAUAGUGGACAUACCAUUCGUAGAACUAUCUGACGUUAUGUGGCUCCCUAUAAUAUAAACUAUACAAUGGUUGACUAGUAGUUCCUU